AUGAAUCCCGCGCCGCAGCAUUCGCGCGAUGGUGCUGCACUGAGAGGCGCGUCGCUCGCUUUCCAGCGCAGUCCAGGCGUUACGUCGCCUAUACAUAGCGAGGUGAUUACGAAUCGAUCUGGUGCGAGCGCGACGGACGGCGAUUCAUCUGGACAUCAGGUCGCUAGGGCACAUCACGGGAGGCUGGAUCCGAAGAAUCCGAGUUUCAUAGCGGCGACGCUGGCGGCCAGUAGGACGGGGAGCCCGAGUGGGAGUGCGAGGGUGAGCUUGGCUGCGGAUGCUGUUGAUUCGGAGAGCAUUGCGCCUACGGGGAAUUUGAUAUCGUUGUUUGAGGGGCGGGAUGGGAAGAAGGGAGGGUUGCAGGAGAGGCAGAAACAUGGGAAGCUUGUGAGAGGUGCGACGCCGGAUGGUGAUGAUGGGAGGACAGUGGCUUUGCCGCCUGCGCAGGCUAGGAGUUCUGAGAGGAUAUCUGCGAUGCCAAUGCCCAAGCCGAAACUGCCGGUGCAGUUGACGUCUCCGGGGCCGUCGAAACCGAAACCUCCGCCUCCGAGGGAACAAAAGCCAGAGGUGUCUGCACAGAAACAUGCGAAAUCAGCUUCCAAGGCUAGGGUGAGGACGCCGAGUCCUCCUUCGGUUGUUAGUAGGUCUACGGCGGAGCUGCUGUCCCCCAAACCGAUGAGGUUGAUCAAGCCGACUCUUGCGCCGCCGGUGCUGAGUAGUCCCCAGGCGAGCAGUCCGGGGACGUCUGGACAAGAGGCUUCUUCGCCGUCGCCAGAUCCCGAGAAACGGGGUCGGAAUACAAACCUGCGACCACCGACGCCUCCGAAACCGAGGGGGAGUCACAGAGCUGCUUUGAGUGGGAGUCGGCGUCGUGGGAAUUCAGAUACACCUUUAUCAAGGGGCAGUUCGUCAACAACUCCUCUCACUGAAUUUGGUCUGCCCAUUGUUUCGCCCUCGCCGUCACGUCCAACUGUUCGGAAGAGUACACCUCCACCAAUACUUAGACGAGACUCAGUCGCCAGUGCUCCGACUUCACCAAUUCCCAUUUCCUCGCAGCGCCGCCGUCUCACCACCACUUCUACCAGCAAUCUUACACUGGAUCCUCUCACCAGUGCCAUCAUGGCCAGCUCCCUCGCCUCGUCUCGCCUCACACCACAUAAUAGUGGAUCUUCGUUACCGCCGCCCAGCCUGCCUAAGCGGCAGAGGUCACCGCGUCUGCUCCAGACACUCCGCCAGCCUCAGAGCUACUCGGACGAAGAUCCUGAACGGCUAAAAAUAGCACACCGUCACAAAUUAUCUAGUAAUAAACAUGCGCAUCACGAGGGGUCACGCAAACGAUGGAGGGAUCAGAUUACGCAGAGAGAGCGGAAGAGGUAUGAGGCGGUGUGGGCGUCUAAUCGGGGGUACUUGCUUGAUGAUGGGGCGUUGCAAAGUUUAGAUGGUGAGGUAGAUAGAGUUGUGUCGGAGUGCGUUGCGAAUGUGGUGGUGAGGGAGCUGUGGAAACGGUCUCGUCUGCCGGGAGAUGAGCUCAUUGAGGUGUGGGAACUGGUUGAUCGCGGAGAUGUUGGCAUGCUUACGAGGCAGGAGUUUAUUGUGGGCAUGUGGUUGAUAGAUCAGAGGUUGAGGGGGAGGAAGUUGCCUGUAAGAGUGUCGGAUAGUGUUUGGAAUAGUGCGAAUGGUGUGCGUAUUUCGAAACCCAAGGCUCGUUAG